UGUGCAAUUAUGAAUGAAUCAUCAAUUAUCAAAACACCUCUGUUUUAUGUUCAUACACCUCCUCUGUUUCUAACUCUUUAGCACCUCCUCUACUUCUAGUCCUAGCUCACCUAGCUCCUAAACAUCUUUUCCUAAACACAUUGUCCUAGCCCACUACUACUAAACCUUCCGCACCAACUUCCAACAGUGGUAUCAAAGCCACAAAUUUUAACAUACUUACUAAAAUUUUUCCCGGGGCUGGCUUUAUAAUUGUUUUGGCAUCAUUUGUAAUUUCUCACCAGGCCUCUCUAUCCUGCUCAAAUGGAAGAACAGCUUAACUAGACCUGGUGCAAACUAAGUUCAGGUGCUUCAGUUCUCCAUCUUAUGCAUGUAUUCGUUUCAUUGAAUGUUAUGUUGUCUCAUGUUCUGUUUGAUUCCUUUUAGGGAAACUCCAACCUUGGGGUGCCAAACCUAUUUUUGGGCCAUUUUGAGACUUUGGAUCUCCAACCUUUUGUUUUUGGGGGGUCUGGUCCUAUAAAUAUAGGACUUGGACUCAUUUGUAGUCUCAAAUAUGAGACUUUUCCAAGACCAGAACUUAUUACUGUGCAUGGGGGCCAGCCCAGUUGCUGUCUCAGCCCACAUGCCGAACCAACGCGCGGAACGAAGAAAUUGAAGGAAACGCGCGCCAAAGGGAGAAGGAAGAGACAGGACGCGCGGAACGCGCGCUGGAGAGAGAAAAUUCGGAGCUUUCCGUCUGCAGCCGUGGGCCCCUCGCCUGCGCAGCUGUCCCCUGGUGACCGUUGGAACCCCCAACGGUCAUGAAAUGCACGGUCCAGAUGUUGCCCUGAUCAAUUUGGAUGGUCCGAUGUUACCUCUUUUUUUUUUUUUUUUUACUGUAACGGAUCUAUUCAAGAUCCAAUGGUUCCGAUUAUUUGGAAAAAAGUGAUGAACGGCUCUUAUUAAUUGAAGAGUUAUUAUUUCCUUUUUGUUCUAAAAAAAAUAAAAAAAAUUACCAGAAAAUUGGGGGAAAAAUAUACCCGUUGGAACAGUGAAUUAUAGGAAAUUCUAUAAAUACCUACCCAUUCUUUUCUAUUUCCUCACACCAAAUAUCCUCCAUCUCCUUCACAAUUUUCCAUUCAUUGUUACGUACAUCUUCUUGUUCUUAAAUAUAUCUUCCUUUUAUUUUUUUUGUCUUGGAAAAAAUGGCUCCAAGAGGGGAUUCUUGGAGGCACAAUGAAGAAGUUAUUCUUUGCCAAGCUUGGAUCACCGUUGGGGGUGAUGGGUGCUUUGGAAAAGAUCAAAAGUCGGACUUAUUGUGGAGUCGUGUGGCGGAGGAGUACAAUGCUCACAAACCGGCCGGUUGCAUGGAUAGAACACAUUCUAGUUGCCACGCUCGUUGGAAGAAAAUAAGUCCGGCAUGUAUGAAGUGGCGCCAAGCUCUUAACAAGGUCGAACACUUUCAACGAAGAAGCGGCGAAAAUAUGGAGGACGAGCUCAUGAAUGUUAAAUCAACGUACUACGACUCGGAAGGUUGCGAUUUUGUGUUUGAGCAUUGUUGGCAAUACUUGAAAAAUACGGAAAAGUUUGGGAAAACACCAUCAAUGGAAAACACCCACUUUAGUGUUCCUAAUCAUGUCAACUUGGAUGACGGUGGAACAACCACUACCGAGGAUGAGCUUCCGUCAUCAAGAAAGGCACGUCCUCAAGGACAAAAAGCACAGAAGCUAGCUAAGAAAAAAGGCAAUAAGCAGGAUGCGGAUGGCCUACGAGUUCAAAUGCAGAAAUGUUAUAAACAAACCGAACGCGAGUACCAACAAAGGCAAAGACAGUUUGAGGAAGGUCAACUAAUUGAGCAACGCGCUGAGGAUGCUCGCACGAUGCAGGUGGAUCCAUCAAUUUUCACCCCAAGAAAGAGGAGUUAUUGGGAGAGGAAGCAACAACAAAUAAUUGAUAAGGAGGCAGAAACUUCAAGCAUCCCGGAACAAUCUCAAGAUCCUACACCCCCUGAAGGAGACAACACAGCCUUGACCACUUAUGAUCCACUUGGCGAGACAUCUUGGAUGUAAUGAAUAUUGUUAGUUGCUUUGAAUGGUUUGUGUUUUAAUUUAUGAUAAUAAAAAUUAUUUUGUUUAGUAGAUCA